AUGGCAGCGCUGGCAGAAGGCCGUCAAUAUGGGCUCUCGUCGUCAAUUUCAUCCCAGGAACACAAAACUGUUGUCCAAGUCAAAUUAACUGACUCAGCCCUUAAAUCUAUUGACGAAUUCCUCAGAAUCAAGGUUGGCAGAUCUCAAGGCACACCCACUAUACAGUUCCAGGGCCAAACAGGAAUUAUCUGUAUACCCAGCAAUAAUACAGGUGAUCCAGCUCGGACAUUCCAGUUCUCACUGGCCCCAGUGGUGGACUCCAACACCAGUGAUUGUGCACACCAGCCUGACACAAAACAUGGCAGUCAUCUCAACACUCUUGGUACCAUGUCCCAGAAAAUUGCAAUCCAUGCCACCAGUGAUGUAUUCCAAGCCACAAAACAGCGAAUGAACCAAGCAAUAGCUGACACCAACAGUGUGUGUACACAAGAAAUCAAGCCAAGUGGUCGCCACAUUGGUCGCAAAAUCAAGAGAGUGAAAGCUGGCCUAGAUUUAAAUACUAAAUUGACCCAAGGUUCUAAGUUAAAUAAACCAAGUGUAGUAUCUUCCUCUCAUUCAUCUCAAGUUACUUCUGUACGCCCUAGCUCGCUGCAUGCAGGAUCUCGUUCCAUAUCGCCCUACCAGGGUAGUCAUGAGCAAAACACUUCCAAAGUGACAUCAUCUGUAUCUUCCUCAUCGUCUCCGUUGUCGCAUCAUCCAUCAUCACUGGCCUCUACAGUUGCCACCCCAUCAACUGUGCCAGCUAGCAGCAAAAGCAAGCCCAUCAACCCAGCCAUUGUUGGAGUGCCUAUGCGAGACAGGAUAAUACACCUACUGGCCUUACGUCCUUACAAGAAACCUGAACUACUUCUCAGACUGAAAGCAGAUGGAAUCCUGGAUAAAGACAAAGAUACCAUUUCUUCUGUACUACAGCAAGUAGCAGUAUUCAUACCGCGUGAUAACAAAUACUCUCUAGCCCGUCAUGCGUUUGCUGAAGUGCGACAGGACUGGAAAUUCUACAGUGAGAAUGACAAGGAACUUGUCAAAAAAAAAUUAGACAAUCUGUCACCAGCUUCCUCUCCUGCCUCUAAUCAAAGGUCUCCAGAUAGUCCUAACAACUCACAGAAACGGCCUACUGAAUCUGUGCUUGAUCUGCUUCCAUCCAAGAAACAGCGCAUCUCCCACUCUGUUGCCAAACCCAGAAAGGAAAAUAAGCCAUUGAUUGGCGAGGUCCUCAAGCAUGACCAACAUCUCACAAUCAAUGGCCAUGACCAGACGCACAAAAAGGAAAAUAUUGAUGAAAGAGUCCAAGUGGCCACAUCAACAUCAGACAGUCCAGACUACAUGAACACCUACCAUCCAAUCUCCACUGCUGAACAGCGUCAACGCUACAAACAAGAGUUUAAUCAUGAAUAUGAGGAAUACAGGGGUUUGCACAUGAAUGUAGAACGAGUAUCAAAGAAGUUCAUGGAUUUUGAAGCUAUGCUUAAAAGAGCCCAACCUGGAUCAGAAAGUUAUGAGAAUUUGAAGAACAAGAUUCGAAUGGAAUACAAACUACAAAAAAGUGAUGUGAAAUACAUUGAUCAAAAGAAGAGGUUUGACUAUUUACACAAAAAGCUUGGCUUCAUAAAACAGCUGAUUCUGGAAUAUGACCAUAUGCAAACAAAUGUUGACUCCUAGUGAAGGCCUAAACCUUCCUAAUAUUGCUCAAAUCUCUAUACACAUUGGAUUAUUUGAUCUCCACCUAUAAGAUGGAAGACUUGGCUCGCCUCAGGACCUUGAGUUAGCGGGAUCUGUGCAACAGCUGUGGAUGUACAGCUAACCGGCAAAGAUUAAAAAACUUUGUGCAUAUAAAGCCUCACCAGCAAGGACAUGAUGAUAGUUUAGUGUUCUUGGUCAUUACUGGUACAUGUAGCAAAUCAUGCACAGCCUUAAUGUGUUGACAGUUAUAGCCCAGAUGAGUGCCUUGGAUACCAGUAGUAUUGUGUAGCCCAUAUAAACAGAUUGGCUCAUUUCUUUCACUGUUUUAUAAAGCAUAUUACCAUUAUGGUGGAUGAAAUAUCAGAUACCUUUAACAAUGAAAUUUCAUCUUGGCUUUUAAGUCUGAUUGGUUAACACAAAUUACAUUGGUGACAGGAUUUUUUUUUUAUAUAACUCACAAAUGUGUACAUUAUCCUAAAGUAAGAGAGUGAGAAUGUGUUCUUUGUAUUUAUAGAAUUGACAGUAAUUUAUUGUACAAGUUAUUUAUACAGAAUCAGUGUUGAGAACUUGAUUCACUUACACACUCGGCUUUUAUGUUCAAUGGUACUUUGUGCUUUGGUAAAACUUUUUCAAACAAGUACUUUAUAAAAGUGGGUGCAUCUCUUAGAAAAGAGUCUUAAUAAGAUGAACUAUUACAUACAAGUACAUAUUUAAUUGAUGAAGAUUAUUUGUAAUAUUUGUGUCAUAUUCAAUGUGUCCUUAACCCAUAUCAAGCCAUUUUGUUAUCCAGCUGAAACAACAGAAUCUAAAUUCAAACUCAAAUCUUAUGAAAAAAAAAGAAUAAAAGUGUCAAACAAUGAAUUAAGAUAGGCACUUUUUAUAGGUAGCUGUGAUUUCUCUAACUAUAUAUUAGCAAUAAAAUAUACAAAAAAUUUACACCAUCAAUAGACAAAGUGUGUGGCAAGAAACCAGCAUUGUAAGCUCACCUGGCCUGAAGGAACACGCCAGCUUAUUCCAUGGUGCUGCAUCCAUUGUCUGGCUGUAGGUUGCUGGGAUGAAACCAGACAAAGAUUAGGAAAAGAAAUGACUAUGACCCUUAUUCAAGGUCACAGGGGCCAAAUUGAAAAAUACCAAUAAAACAGCUUCUUCUUUGUUUGCAAAAAGAUAUCACCUUUACCCAUAUUCAAUACCACAGGGGUCAAAUUUGUUCAAAGCUUUAAACAGUUUCUUCUGAUUAACCAAAAAGUUUCAGGAAUCUGAUAUUGGCAGAAAGAUCUUUGGGUUGAAGCCUAACAGAGACUUCUUCUGGUCAAUUUAAAGUCUAAGAAGCAGAAUAUCGGAUGGAAUUACAACAGAUUUUGAGAGAAAAAAAAAAAAUAUCGGCAAUUAACCUUAAUGUAGGUCAUAAUGCCUUUGUUUAGAACUGAGUGUUAAAAGCUUCAGUUUGAUGUGGAAAUUGGUUAAAAUUGAUUUGAUAUGUCCACUUGGAAUGCCAGUGGUACACAUGUUAAUAUAUUUGUCAUGAGCAGUGAUUGUAUUUUUGAUCAACAUUGAAUACCAGGUGAGCAAUGCAGGUCACUGGGCCUUUUGUCAAAGUUUUGAGAGCAACAAGCAAUUCCAAUUCACUUCAGGUCAUCAAACACUGCGCUUCCCACACAACAGUUUGUAAUUUAUUGAUUGUAUGUUAAAAACAGUCUAAUUGCCAUGGAACCCACUCGCUAACACUUUUUGCUGUCUUCUCAUCAAUAGCAUUAAAAUUCUCUUUCCCUUCUUGUCUCAAACUCCAACCCAAGCCAUACAUUCUUCUUGGACUUAAUCUCUAAGAUUCCAAGGGGGCUCCUAAACCCUUUAUGCUUUCAUUUACCCACUCAGAGAAUAUGUCUCUUUUUUGUUUUACACUGUAAAGUGCCCAUAUGCAUAGAUAUUACUUCCAUACAUACAUAUGGACAACCCCUGGAAAAAAACUCAUUUUUAUAUCAUUAUUAAUGCAUUAUCACAUCGUAGUGUUCUAUGCGCUGUGUAAACUACUGUGCUUGGCAAAGGUUUCAGGUCAGUCUAAUGUGUACUGAAGUAGUCCACAUAAAGAUUUCAGUCCAGAACAGUUUGAAGAAAAAGGAACCCAUUGUAUGAUUCUGUCUGGUACUUCUGCAUUUACAUAGGGUAGUAUGAUCUGUUUGCGAUGUGAACUCUCUACUCUAAAAGUAUCACUGAAAUUUCUGUCAUUAAACAUUCUCUCUUAAUGAAAGAGCGAGUUCUCUCUCUGUAGCAAGAAAUAACUUGUUAACAAACCUGGAUUAACCUGUGAAGCCUAAAAAAGAUCCGACUACUUCAGUAUCCCUGACCUCUCCCUUUUCCAUGGCAACAACUCUACCAAAAGCAUGUCAAACAAUUUUUUUUGCUUGAAUCUAAUUAUAUACAUAGUAGAAUGGCAAUGUUGGCUCUCUUAUAAGUUUCUGAGAGUAUCUAGGUGUUCCAUGUUUGUGUCAAAGAAUGUUUUCAACAUGAUGAUCAAUGUUCGGUCUUCCUUCCAGCAUGUUUCACUUCAUUCUGUUACAUGUUGCACCAGUGUUUACCAAUCUGAAUGGCAAUUAUGAAACUGCUAACUUGUCUCAUCAGUCAGGAAUGCUUUCAUAUUGUGCAAUGUUUCCUGAACAGGAAUUUGCUAGUAUCCCUUUGUAAGAUCCAGUUUGGAGGUGAAAAUAUCUUUAUGAUGUCCUGUCAGGAUGUUAUGUAUGUCACCGAUAGACUCAAAUCUUACAUUCAGAUUACACAGACUUUGUUUCUGUUGUCCUUUACAUGGAUGAUAGAUAGGUUGUAAGGUUGUCAUCUUCCUUCCUGGUACAUUUUCUGUCCGAAAGUAAAUUUAGGGUUUCUGUGUGAUUUAUACUGUCACAUUUCUUUAUCAUUUCAAUACCACUUUUAUUGACUCAGCUGUUUACUGCUUCCCACGUCAAUUUGUAAAACAUCUAGUUGAAAAUUUUAUGGAUUGUAUUUUUCAUGAAAAAAAAGUUACAAUCCUUCUGCAAAAUAACAUAUUUCAAUUUCAUGAAUUAAUUGAAUCUUACAUGCUAUCUAUUACAUUUUAAGUAAAUGAUUUGGAAAGUUUCGACAUGUACUGUAUAUGUAAAAAUUGGUAAUUACAUCAACACAGUGUGUUUACAUAAUCAACAGUGUAUCACAUCUGUAAAGACUUGUUUCUGAUGUGACACAGUCAGUGAAAAAAACAGCAGUUACACAUAUAAAUAUCAGAGAGAGAUUGAUAUGUUAAUCUUUGGAUCAUUUCGUCCAGGACAAUUGGUAUCAGGUCACUGUAUGGUAUUUUCACCUGUUCACCUGAUAAUAGUAUUAGACCAUCAAUUAGAGUUAAAAAUUAACUAUGAACUUGAUUUGUAAGGUAUAGAUAGAAUGACCUGACAUGUGAAGUCCAAUUAUUGACCAAGUAACGAAACAAUUGACACAGACAUAGCAGUCAAAACGUGCAUCUCUAAUGACUUGUGAUACUGUAUCAUAAUAAAUAGACAUUUCCGUUGUGUUAUUAUCUACAGGAAGCAUUUUUCAUUUUCUCAUAACAUAAAACUAUUCUAGUAAAUUGUCGCAUCGAAUUAUCGUAAUUUCUUCUAUAAUAAAAAAAAGAGAGAUAUUUUUUCUAACUGGGUUAUUUAUUUGUGGACAACUUAGUGUUUUACAAGUGCCAUCCUUAGUAUUUCAGUCACAUUAAUACAUAGUUGUUUGUCUUACUGCAUUACUGUGUUAUUACCAUAGCACUUCUGUAGCAUUUCCAUCUAAGAUGGUAUAGCAAGAAUGUACAGCACACCACUUCUGGUAUGUUUCCUCUAGUAUAUACAUGAUAGAGGGCCUCGCAUUAUACAGGCAUUGAAAUGUUUAACAUUCCCACAAAUGUGCUUUAAUUGCGUCAAUCGUUUUUGACCGCGUCUCUGCCUUCCUUUCAUUCAUUUGCAUUUGUUUGCAUUGGCUUUUGUUAGCAUUUGCGCCCACCGGAUGUAUGUCAUUUUGAAUUCAGUAAAUAUUCAUGAUGCCAUGCAGUAGUAAAAUUUUAAAUAAUGCCAGUGUGACAUCCAUAUGGAUGAGGACCCAAAUACUGCAGUAUUAUCUCUCUACGUUUCAGUUUGAUCACUAAAAUGUAGAAUUAGAAUUACACAGUAAUGGUAUUAAACAUGUUUCAGUUUUUAAUCUAAUUUGUAUUUUUGUCCAAUAAUUUAUUAUUUAUAUUAAGUAAUUGAAAUGGGAAUACAGUUAUCACUGAAUAAAUAUGCUUGAUGAUUUGCAUUGAUUAUUGUGGAUUUAUGUAUUAAUAUGUUCCAUAUGUCAAAUCAAUAAUACCUAUCAAUAAUAUACAGUUUUAUUUCAAUUAUAUCUUGUCAUGAUGUAGAUCUGACUACUGACCAAUGUUGGUCUCUAUGAUAGAUCAGAUUAUACCUGGGGGCACUGACCAUUGGUAUAAUUACAAUCUGGGUGUCACCUGUCAUUUUGUCGUUAACAGAAUGUGUUGGGAGUUAUUUAGAUUCAGAUUCUUUUGUUCCCUUGGGAAUUAAAAAAAAUGACAAUAUUCUGGUGUAAAAGCGCUGUGAUUAAUAUAGAUACAAAAUGUGCACGAUACAGAUGUACCAAUUUGUACAAAGGAAACAACUAUGUAGAUCUGAUCUACAAUUGAUUUUCUACAAAUACUGUCUAGCAAUUGGGCUAGUGAGAAAUACUUGGUGUGUUUGAGUAAGCUAAAUAUCAUCAUAAUUUCAAUGACUUGUAGAAAUAUAUAUAAAUUCCCCCUCAAAGAAUUUAUUUCGCUCAUGAUCUGCUUGAUGGCAACACCAGAAAUUGAUCUGUUACUUUCUUCAUUUAGUAGCAAAAUACAUAUGAGAUUGUAUAUAGAUUAGCGACUUAUGAAGAGCCAAUGCUGUCUCUGUUUCUAUGUAUAUCGUUUGCUUUUCUGGUCUACUGUACGUCAUACACUGGAUUGCUUGCAGUAAUUUUUCUAUGCUCUGUUAGACGUCACUAUAAUGAGAACAGUCUAGCAGAGUAAGUUGUAACAAAGACAGGUAAUCCUGUUUAUGUACUGCCAUUGUCAUUUUUUCAUGUGCAUUUUGUGUUUGUGUUUUUCUCAGAUUGUUCCUCAUUUUGCUUUCAUGUUUAUUGUUUAUAGUUUUGUGUUUAUAAUUGUUUGCUCUUACCAGAUUGUUUUGCGUUUUCUUUGCAUUCAGAAGAAAUGUUGAAUGCUUUGGAAUCUGUAUUUCCUUCCAUUUUUUAUUCGUUUGAUACUUUUUUUCAUUUCAAGCUUGCACUGUUUGUUGAGUGAACUCAUCUGGACCUCUAUCUAACCUUUGUUUUAUGGGCUGAAUGACUUGGGUUUACUCUCUGCUCAUCACAGCAGACACAUGUGUGACAAAGUGGUUUCCAGUUUUCAUCAGCUUUUAGACCAUUUAUACUUACAAUGACUGAGUCAAAUAUGGAACAUUUCAUACACAUGGUCUCUAUCUAUCCUGUGUAAUAUGGUGAAUCCACUGUAAUUUUACAACCUUGAACCAUCACACCAGUUCCUCUAACAUCACACAUGGUCUCUAUCUAUCCUGUGUAAUAUGGUGAAUCCACUGUAAUUUUACAACCUUGACAAACAUUUAAGUGAACCAAGAAAAACUUUCAAAAAUAAUUCUGCUUAGUGUUUUAAACUCAUGUUGAUAGCAAUACCAUUUGCAUCGAAUUCUUUAUAUUCAUUGUGAAAGAAUUGUGUGAAAAAUUGAUUUGGACUCUUCCGACCGAGCUACUCUGAACACAUCUCAGUCCGGUUAUGGCAAAUCAAUAUGAUUUUAAUGGUAGCCUGAUGUAGCAAACUUCUCAAAUCUUUAUAGAAAUGCAUCUAUAUCAUCCCUCUGUUCAUCAGAUUUAGGUAGAAUCGGAUUCUAUGACUUAGACCUAGAGUCUUCAGUUCUAUUUCUGGCUAGUGGUAGUUUACUGUGAACAUGGUCUUCAUCAUCUCUUGAAUGGCCUGUAUCCAACUCUCAGACUCACUAGGUUUCCAUUGGUGCAGCUUCAUCUUUUAUCUCAGAUCUUUCCUCUCUUCCCUUGCUACACUGUAUAUAUUCUUGCUCAUUUGUUGCUACUUAAUUUUGUAACUGUCUUUUAGUCCUAAUCAUUCCUCAUAUGUUGUUAAGAAUGAAAGUAUGGUAGUUGGACAACACUAUAGUAAGAGUGCAAUCGCUGUUUCAUCUUUCUUUGUAAAGAAAUCUCUCAUUGCAAAACGAAAAUAAUGUUUCUUCAGUAAAGAAUGAUGGUGUACAGGGUGGAGAAAUUAAAUGUUCUUAUAGAAGAAAUCUUACUAAAAGAAGGUGUUGAAGAUUGGUCAACCGCUCUUUAGAAUUCUUUAAAACCCACAUACCAUUCAUUCACUUCUAAACCAAAAUGUAAAAUAAAACAGAUUUUUUUUUAUCUUGUACAAAUAAAAAAAAAAAAACCAUUUUCUCUAAUUGACAUGACCUGAUCAGAUAAAAAAUGACAAACAUUUUGAUAUCAUAUUGAAUAUCUACAAUAGCAUCAUUAUAUGAAUAUACCAUGGUCACUGAACCUCUCAUCACACAUCCAUAAAAAUUGCUUUUAGCUUGUAAAUAUCUGACCAGAUGCAAACUAUCAGUCCUGUAAGUUAGACUAGACAGUGCUAAUCAUGUAAGUUUUGACAAAACUUUGGUGUCAGUGUUGAACACUAAUUGCUACAUGUGACAUCUUUGUUCAUCAAUAUAAUGUUACAGUUGUAAAGGUAGUGUGUCAGUGUUUCCUAAGCCAAUCAAUGGUACAGUACCUACCAGACAAGUGAGGCUAAUAUUUAGAUUACUGUCAACCAGUUACAAAACUUAUUUAUUGAUCUGUUCCUAUCUCAAAAUAUUUGUCAUGCAAAUGGCUGUUGCACAGUUUCCUACAAAUUGUUUUAUUUUCUACAAUUGAAAUGUUUAUAUUUAAUUGCAUAGCAUUGUAAUAGGCCUUCCCUUGUAAACGUAUAAUUUGACCAUUUUCUGGAUAAAUUUGAUGGUAUGUUGACUUGUGUGUGUGUGUGUGUGCGUGCGUACAUAUAUGGUGAAAAAGUAUUCAAUGAUUGUCCUGCCACAAGGUCUUUCUGUUUGGAGGCAGAGUCUAAGAAAUCUUUGUCAUUGUCCUCAUCUGCCUGUGCUGACUAAUAUUGCCACUUCCCCUUCCCCCAGCAUAUGUUACUUCAGAUAGAAGUCCAGCCUUAAUGUUUGUCUUGAACAUGUGCAAGGUUAGGACAGAAAGAUUGCUCAUAGAAAGUGUCAGAAAUGCUUGUUAACGUGUUGAAAAUGUGCCAUCGAACAAUUCGGUGAUGUCAACAAAACUUGUGUACAUUAUUUCAAAUCGCCCUUCAUCCGUGGUCCAUCCGUCUGUAAGCAAUUUUUGUUAUCACUAUUUCACAAGACAUACUAGAUGGAUCUCUUACAAAUUUCAUUAGCAGUUUCCUCUUGGUCCCAAAUUGCGCUGGUUUGAUUUUUGGACUAAUCAGGAAAUAAAAAGGGGCAAUAGACAUCCAUAUUGAAUUUUGACUUUUGAAAAUUUAUUAUUUUAUGAUAAGUACUGGAUGGAUCUCUCCAUGGUUCCUAGUUGUGCCCAUUUGAUUUUGGGACAAAAAAACAAAAUCACAAAGAGAGGUGACCAUCUUGGAUUUGGCACUAAAAAUUAUUAUCAUUAUUUCUGCAAAAAAAGAUUCAAAUUUUGUAUCAUUAAGAGCAAAAACAUUGGACAGAAGAGAAUAGAUCUUUUAAAGAAUAAAGACCAAACAAUGGUGGGCGCCAAAAUUCCACUGAGAUCUCUUGUUGUAAACUUGAUUUCAAGCCAAAACCACAUUUAGUUUAAACAGUAUGUGGCUUAUAUGAAAUUCUAUGCUAAUAUCGCGGAAGUUUUAUUUCAAAAAGGGUUUCUGGACUUACUUUCAUAUUUUUUUCUGUCACAAUCCUACAAUACUUAUCAAUGUUGGCCUCAAUUAUGAAAUAUUAAAUAAAGAAAGUAGAAAAUGCUCUUGACUAAUUUGAGAAUUAUAAUUCUCCAUGUGUCAUAACCUAUUAGCCAAUACACUUCAUUAUGAAUGGAUUUGUACAUAUGGAGAUGUCAAUUGACCAUCAAAACUAAAUUAUCAUAAAUAUCAUAAUGAAAGAUUACCACAACAUUCUCCUUUGUUGCUGACCUCUAGUCAUCAAAUAUCUGGUCAUAGCCUUUAAAACAACAAAGAUGGCAGGAUGUUUUUAAGGGUCAUUAAAUAGUUUACUUAAUUCUAUUGUACAGUUAUCACAUCUUAAUGUAUUUAGAUGAUGUGAUAUGCUGCGUUUGAACAUAACUUCUUGACUCUACAUAAAUAAAAUUGUUAUUCAGCUCA